CCUGUUUCACCACCUCAAACAAAGUUGAAUUCCUUGUGUAGUUCACACUUCACAGAGAGAAAAGAGUCAGGGACGACCUGGUGAACACAAGAGUCUGAGAUCGAUGGCUUGUCGCAUGGGUUUCAUCGGCUGCAUGUGCAUGGUGGUUGUAGCAGCCCUGCUUCAGGGUGCAACCGCAGCAACAUACAUCGUCGGUGAUGACAAAGGGUGGAAAGUUCCCGACUCCACUGAUUUCUACACCACAUGGACUACGAACAAGACCUUCCAGGCCGGUGACAUACUGGAGUUCGACUUCACCACCAACGAACACGAUGUGGCUCGAGUAACAAAGGCUAAUUAUGAUUCCUGCACCAAGACACCCAUCGGUUCCAUAAAUCAAACUGGCCCGGCAAACAUCACCCUUGGAAAUGAACCCAACUACUACUACAUCUGCACCAUUGGCAGCCACUGUCAAAAUGGGCAGAAGCUGGCAAUCACCGUUAGUGGCUCUUCAACCAGCACCAAUAAUACUUCCACCCCGACCGCCUCCCCCACCCCCANCCACCACCUCCACUCCGCCUCCACCGCCAAGCUCUGCCUCCUCUCUUGCCGUUGGCGGCUUCUCUGCUGUGUUGUUCUCCCUCGCAAUCGCAUUCUUACACUAAGCAGAUUUUCUGCCUUAUGUUUGUUACUCGAUAUAUGUUGAAUUGUUAUUUCAUGUUUUCAAUAAAUAGAAAUAGUUGGGUUCUCAUUAA